AUGCUGUCUAAAGGAUUUUUGAGCAUAUUACUGCUUGGGACCGCUUUGAGGUUAUGCAACGGAAAAGAAGACUGCUACAGCACGACAAGCGACCUCAACUCAAAAUGGCGGUCAGCCGAUGUCCUCGAACAAUUAGGGCACGACGUUUAUCAGAGUCUAGCCCUGGGGCCGCUCGACGCUGGCGAUGACCAGAAGCGGUUCGUGUCGGUGUACGGGCGAGCGCUGUUCCAGUAUCUGAUCAGCAAGGCGCCCGGCGAGGUGGCGAUGAUACGGGACGCCGUUCACAAGACCAACAAGCAACUGGAUAAGCCGUCGGACGUGUUGGCUGCCCCGAUGCGCGCUGUUAUCUCGAUGAUGUUCAACGUCGUCGAACUGCCCCUGACGGACGUGCAGCAAGCCUGCCCUUACGAUGUCCGCGAGGCUGACUGCCAGCUGGCUUUGACGCAGCUGCAAGCAGAGAAGAUCCUCCGCUGCCCGGGCUACAAGUACAACAUCGUCGCGUAUAACAGCGCCGUCGCCUUCGUGACCAGCUGCGGUCUGCAGAACCUCCUCGAGGAUCUGACUGUGGCCAGCAGUAAGAGGACCGAUAGCGACGCUCUUGACUUCUUCUCCGACAUCGCUUCGGCGAAGUACCCGGAGGCGAUACGGCUGUUCAAGACAGUCUUCAGUGUGAUGAAUAGCAUCCCAGCGGACAUGCGAUGCGACAUUUUCUCCUUCUUG